ACACACACACACGUGAAUAAAAGCCGGAUCUGAAAAACAGAAUAAAUGGAAUUAAAUAAAGCCUCAGACAAGAGCGAUAAAUGGUGCGGGUUUAUCGACUAAUCUCUCUGAUCAACUUUUUUUGCUUUGAGAAAAACAAAAACAAUCUCCAUUGCAUUACACUAAUUACUAAUUAGGUUUGAAAAUAACGAGAAAAAAUGUGUCUAAAUGGUCCCCCACAUAAGUGGGUAGUUGAUAUUUCUCACAACAACAGUCCACCAAACACCCUCCGCCCUUCAUUCACUCUCCCUCAACGAGAAGAGAGAGAGAGUAGAGAGAGAGAGAAGAGAGAGAAGGGUAAAAUAAUAGCUCAAAUUCAUCCCUUGGUUUUGGAUUUGAUUACGUUUCAGAUAGAAAAGAAAACAAAAGGGGUUGGUAGGUGAAAAUUAGAACCGGACAAAAUAGAUCUGUGUUUUUUUUCUUCAUAUAUAUACAUAUAUAUAGAUACAUAUAUAUAUAGAUAUAUAUACACACAGACACGCACCAAGUGGUGAUUGGAAUGGAAAAUGGGAACCAGAGCAGCAUCCCCUGUUCCUUGAUUUUUUGCGAAGGAAAAAUGGCGGAAAUCUCGGCGAAGGCCGUUGUAUUGGAGUGGGUUGUCGGCUCAACGGCCGACAUAAGAGCGAGAAUAUCGCCUGUUGUCGCGCUGAUAAGGGCCAACGUUGUCGUGCCAUGUCUGAGGGUUGCUCUCUACACUUGUCUGGUCCUGUCCUUCCUGUUGUUCCUCGAGUGGGUCCACGUCAUGUUUCUCGCCGCCGUCGCCAAGCUCUUCCGGAAGAAGCCGGCGGAGAGGUACAAGUGGGAGCCCAUGGCAAACGCCGCCGCCGGCGACUUGGAGAACGGCGGUAAUGGCAAAGACUGCUUCCCCAUUGUUCUUGUUCAAAUACCCAUAUUCAACGAAAUAGAGGUUUAUAAGAUGUCAAUUGGAGCAGCUUGUAGGCUGUCUUGGCCUUCUGAUAGGCUAGUGGUUCAAGUAUUAGAUGAUUCCACUGACCUUACUAUCAAGGAUAUGAUUGAGAAAGAAUGUAUGAGAUGGUCAAGUGAAGGGAUUAACAUUAGAUACCAAGUUAGGGAAGGUAGAGUAGGUUACAAAGCUGGAGCUCUUAAAGAAGGACUAAAACGCGAUUACGUAAAAGAAUGCGAGUUCGUCGCUAUUUUCGACGCAGAUUUUCAGCCGGAGCCCGAUUUUCUCAGACGAUCAAUACCCUUUUUUACGUACAACCCGGAAAUCGGGCUUAUACAAGCCCGUUGGAGAUUCGUGAAUGCAAACGAGUGUUUCUUGACGAGAAUGCAAGAAAUGUCGUUGGAUUAUCAGUUUGUGAUUGAGCAAGAAGGGGGGUCAUCCAUUCAUGCAUUCUUCAGCUUUAACGGAAGUGGUGGAAUAUGGAGAAUUGCUGCAAUAGAAGAGGCCGGAGGAUGGAAAGAUCGAACCACCGUAGAAGACAUGGAUCUUGCUGUACGAGCUGGACUCAAAGGCUGGAAGUUUCUUUUCCUAGGCGAUCUCGACGUUAAAAGUGAACUCCCGAGCACUUUCAAAGCGUACCGUUCUCAACAGCACAGGUGGGCUUGCGGUCCAGCCAACCUAUUCAGAAAAAUGGCCACCGAAAUUGCGAAAAACAAGGAAGUUUCGAUCUGGAAAAAGUUAUACAUGAUAUACAACUUCUUCUUUAUCCGAAAACUCGUCGGGACGAUGUUCACAUUCUUCUUUUACUGCGUGGUGCUGCCGUUAGUAAGUUUGAUGCCUGAAGUUGAUGUUACGAAAUGGGGUGCCAUUUUAGCCACCUUCGUAAUCGCCACCAUAAAUACUCUCGUCGCUACUCCAAGGUCUACUCAUCUGGCUGUGCCUUGGGUUCUGUUCGAGAAUAUAAUGUCGUUUCAUCGAACAAAGGGAAUAUUCAUCGGUCUCUUUGAGGCUAAGAGAGCUAACGAAUGGGUCGUCACCGAAAAACGCGGAGAUGCCCUAAAAAACAAACCUAAUGUUGAAUCAUGUGCACCAAAGAAGCCUCCGAGAUUUAAGCUUUUCAGAGACCGAAUACUACUGCAGGAGCUGGGAAUAGCGACGUUUCUUUACGCGUGUGGAUUAUACGGUGUGUUUUACGGAGACGACAAAUAUUACAUAUACCUAUUCCCACAAGCCAUUUUCUUCACAGUUGCUGGAUUUGGGUACUAUGGUACUAUGAUUGCUGCCCCCAUUUCUUAUGUUAGCUAAUCAAGCAUCCUUAAUUAUAGUUAGCUUAUGAAGUAAUUAAGUUAAAGACAUGACUAAUUAAUUAGGAUUUGCUGACACUAAUCCAUAGUUUUAGGAUUUUUGUUUGUCAUAAUACUUAGUCAUAUUUCGCAGGCAAAAAAUUAAGAUAGUACUAAUAUUUUUUGUUGUUUAGAGUGAACACUAAUUAUUGUGGAGCACAUUUGAUUUUGUAACUUGGGCUCCACGGAUUAUUUUUUAAAUAUAAGUUUUGCCCCUUUCAUUUU